AUGUCCGUGCAGCGUGUGGGACGGCUGCUGCCCGGCGCCCUCGAGCGCCGGGGUAUGUUGAUGGCGCGUACGCGCACUGUUGCGAUUGCUCCGAUGGCGGCUGGCUUUGGCCCUGCGCGUGCUUUUUCGCUGUGGGGCAGCAGCGAGAACAACGAGGCGGCGCGCCGCGCCGUCCUCGAGCAGGUCUCGGAGGCCAAGUCGAACUCGGCGUUUGGUGCCGACAAUUUUAUGGAAGAGGCCAAGCACACCGCGACCUCGCUGAAGGAGAACUUGUCGUCGGCGAGCACCUCGAUCCAGGACGGUCUGUCCUCGGCGGGCACCGCGCUCCAGAGCGGCUGGUCGCGCGCGAACGAGGCGAGCAGCCAGCUGGCGACCGACGCCAAGAGCGCCGCGUCCUCUGCGCAAGAGUACCUCUCUGGCGCGAAUGCCUCGGUUGAAGAGGGCCUCGCGCGCGCGAGCGAGGCGGGCAGCUCGCUCGCCUCGAGCGCCAAGAGCGCCGCCUCUUCCACGCAGGGUUACCUCGCGAACGCGAACGCCUCCAUCGAGCACGGUCUUGCGCGUGCGAGCGAGGCCGGCGGCGAGAUUGCGUCGGGUGCCAAGGGCUACCUGUCGAGCGCCAACGAGGCCAGCGGCGAGCUCGCCGGCGAGGCCAAGGACGCCAUGGCCUCGGUCCAGGAGCGUCUCUCGCACGCGAACCACAGCGGCGAGCAGCUGCUCAACUCCGAGGUCGAGGCGAUCUCGGAGGCGUCGCAGCAGGCCACGACCGAGCUGACCUCGCUCGGCCUCGGCGGCUGGUCGCCGUCGGGUCUGCUGCAGCACCUGCUGGACAGCACGCAGUACCUGACGAGCCUGCCGUGGUGGGCGACGAUUGUGCUGGUGACGUGCGGUAUCCGUCUUGCGCUUGCGCCGCUGCUCGUCUACGUGCAGGGCAACUCGAUCCGCCUGUCCAACAUCCAGCCCCAGAUGCAGGGCAUGCUCGCCGACCUCGAGUACGCCAAGUCGACCGGCAACCAGCAGGAGAUGCAGCGCUCAGCCGUGCAGGUGCGCAAGCUCCUGUCUGACAACAACUGCUCGCCGUUCCGCUCGCUGCUGCUCCCUGCGGUGCAGAUGCCCGUGUUUUUGUCGUUUUACUUUGCCCUCGACGGCCUCGCCAAGGCCAAGCUCCCGGCGCUGACCACCGGCGGCUUUGGCUGGGUGCAGGACCUGACGCUCGCCGACCCGUACUACGUGCUGCCGAUCACCUCGUCGCUCAUGACGCUCCUCGUGCUCGAGACGGGCGCCGAGACGGGCACCACGGCGAUGAACCAGACGUCGCAGGCACGCCUCGUCAAGAAUAUCCUGCGCGGUGUCACGGUGCUCGCAGCGUGGUUCGUCUCGGGCUUCCCCUCGGCCGUGCUCCUGUACUGGACGACGACCAACACCUUCUCGCUGCUCCAGCUCCUGGCGCUGCGCACGCGCUUUAUGAAGCGCAUGCUCAAGCUCCCGGAGCGCAUCGAGCACCCGGUCAAGCCGAACGUCAAGCAAAAGUCGUUCAUGGAGGGCCUGCGCUCGGGCCUCGCGAGCGGCAACGCACACCCGGGCUCGGAGGCGGCCGCCCGCCGCCCGCCGCCGGCGAGCCUGUAUGCCCGCAAGGUGAAUGAGGCGGACACGGUGACCGCCUCGCGCGGCGCCGCGCUCGACUCGAUGCUCAGCGAGAGCGGCGCGCAGAAGCACGCCGCGCCGAACGCUGCGCAGGAAGAGGCCGCCGCCGAGAAGCAGUCGCGCGUCGCCGCCGCGCGCGAGCGCCGCCUGCGGAAGCGCACCUAA